AUUUGCGAAACAACCCCCGGUGUCAACUCCUUCUCCGGCUACGUCCAUCUUCCUUCCACCCUUCUCGCAGAAACUCAAGAUCCUUUAGACCCCUACAACAUCUCAACCUUCUUCUGGUACUUCGAGUCUCGCAACAACCCCAGGAAUGCUCCACUCACUGUCUGGCUCGCUGGUGGACCGGGCGAAGCAUCCUCAUUCAGCGCCAUGACUGAGAAUGGUCCAUGUUAUGUGAACGAGUUUUCCAACGACACAAUCCUGAACCCGUUUUCACUGAACCAGCACUCGAAUGUCUUGUACAUUGAUCAACCUGUUCAAGCCGGCUUCUCCUACUCUACUUUCAUGAACAGCACAUUCGACUUCCUCAAUCCUAAUCCAUACGUCUCGUCGAUCACGCCCAUGGAAGCUUACAACGGCGAUAUUCCUGCGCAGAAUGCGACUUUCAAGUAUGGAGUUUGGGCUGAUCAGAGUCCGAGUCGCACGGCCAAUACUACUGAAAAUGCUAUCAAACCAUUGUGGCAGUUUCUCCAGGGGUGGCUUGAGAACUUCCCGGAGUACAAAACUCACGAUUCCCGCGUGAACAUUUGGGGCAACUCUUAUGGCGGCUUCUGGACCACAGGCUUAACAAGCUACAUCCUAGACCAAAACACACGCAUCAACAACAACACGCUGCCAGGAAAAGCGAUAAACAUCAACGCCUUCGGCAUAACCAAUGGCUGCAUAGACGCACAUGCCACAGCCGAAUCCAUCGGCAGAAUCAUCUACAACAACACCUACAACACCUCUUUCCUCCCCAACGCCAUCAACCUCGAAGUCCAGAACAACCUCACAAAACCCAAUGGCUGCUACGAUCAAAUCUACCAAUGCCGUCUUCUAGUCGCUGAAUCCGAUGCAGAAGGCAAAGGCACAAACGAUACAGUCAACGCCGUUUGUGCCACAGCAACAGCAUAUUGCUUUACCUACGGUGGCAGUGGAGCUUACUCUGCACUUUCCGGCCGCAGUGUGUUCGACAUGGCACAGACAGCUUUGGCGCCCUAUCCACCUUACUAUGCAGUAGGGUAUCUCAAUCGCCCCGAAGUCCGCAGAGAACUCGGUGUACCGGUAAUGUUCAAUCAGAACUCCGCAGUCGUGACUACAAACUUUGUGUUAGUUACUGGCGAUACAGCACGUUGGGAUGGCAUGAGCAAACUCGACAAAAUCCUGUCCUCGGGCGUCAGAGUGGCGUUCGCAUUCGGCGAUCGCGAUACCAGAUGUAAUUGGCUGCAAGGCGAAAAUGUAGCCAGUACCGCUCAAUGGUCAGGCGCAAACCAAUUCUCCACUGCCGGCUACGAGCAGACCAAGAUAAACGCAACAUACAUUGGCGGUUUGACCAAACAAUUCUCCACCCUCAGCUUCACCAGAAUCUUCCAAGCUGGACAUGCAGCAGGAUACUUUCAACCUCAGACCGUACUGCAGAUUUUCGAGCGCAGUAGCAUUUGGGAUCGCGAUGUUGCUAGUGGAACAAGGCGUGUGGGUGCUCAAGGUCGAUACACCACGAAAGGAUCUACCAGUGCUUGGAGUCAUUUUGAGGUGUUACCAGAGGUACCAGAGCCGAUCUGCAAUAUCUGGGAAGCGGCGAUUGCGUGUACAGAUGAGCAAUUUGAGGCUUUGGUGGAUGGGAGCGCGGUGAUCGAGCAUGGUAUUGUAAUUUCUCCGAAUGCCUAG